AUGAAUGCAAAAAGCAUGUAUCGGUUCUUGCUGGAUCCAACAGGUGAUAUACCUUGGGAUGAAGACCCUACGGCUGUUAACGUUGUUCAUCUAGAUGACCCUAAUGCGCUUCGAAAAACAGUCAGUGGUGGAAAAGCCGUACUCGUCAUGUUUUAUGCUCCUUGGUGCGGCUUCUGUAAACGUUUGAAACCCGAAUUUAGUGCUGCAGCAGAUGAGUUGAAAGGAAAGAUAAUACUGGCGGGUAUGGAUUUAACACACCAUGGCAACGAAGUUAUCGCAAAACAGUUUAACAUUGAUGGUUAUCCAACACUUGAAUAUUUUGAGGGUGGCGUGCAUAAAUUUAGAUACAAAGGACAAAAUUCAAAGAAUGGUAUAAUUGAAUGGCUUAAAAAUCCGAUAGAACAAAUAAUAUCUCCUUCACUUGAAGAGGAAGAAAUUUCGUGGAGUGAUACCAUUACCGAAGUGGUUCUUUUAAAUGAGAAUACAUUUGAUGAAUUUAUUGCGAAACAUCGAAGUGUUCUGAUUGUGAAGCCAGAAUUCAUUCGAGCAGCGGAGCGUUUGAAAAAAGAUGGUAUUAAUGGUGUUUUGGCUGCUGUCGAUGCAACAAUCAAUAAGCAGAUAGCAGAACGACACAAGGUAGAGGGAUAUCCCACCUUUGCAUACUUCAAGGAUGGAAAGUUUGCGUGGAAAAUUAAUGAGCGCAAAGAAGAUGGUUUUUACAAUUUCAUGAAAAAUCCAGUGGAGUCUCCUCCCCCCGACCUUUCAUGGAGUAAACAGUCUGAUGGAGUGCAUGUAUUGCAUCUAACAGCAGAGAAUUUCAAGGCUGAAGUUAAGAAGAAAAAGCAUGCUUUGAUAAUAUUUUAUGCUCCUUGGUGUAGUUACUGCAAACGAGCAAAGCCUAAAUUUUUUGAAGCAUCUAGAAUACUUGCUGCUGAUUCAAGGACUGUUUUCUGCGCUGUGGAUUGUACAGUUGAAAAGUCUUUAUGUCAGGAGUAUAAAAUAAAGGGAUUUCCAACAAUCAUUUAUCUGUCCUAUGGCAAAAAUCGUAUCGAUUAUACUGGCAAACAUGAAACUGCAUCAUUCAUUACUUUUGUAGAAAACGGCGGACAAAUUUCAAAAUCACAAAGUUUUGUUCCCGAAUUUGACUUUGGAAAUUUAGUGACAACACUCGAUGAGAACAAUUUCGAUAAGGUUAUCAACAGCGGAAAUGUUUUUGUGAUGUUCUUCUUGUCGUGGUGUGAACAUUGCAAAGCAGUAAAACCAGCAUUCCGCGAAGCUGCGGAACAAUUUCAGUUCGGCAAGUUCGCUGUAGUCGAUUGCACUGCUUGGAAUGAUCUUUGUGAGAAACAUAACGUGAAAGACUACCCGACUUUCCGGAUAUUUAUUAACGGUGUUCAGCAUGAUUACAGUGGUAAUCACACUCCAUCCGAUUUUAUUACAGCUUUUAUGAAGGUUGUUGGAGCAACCAAAACUGAUCUAUAA